AUGAGCGUCGAAUCUGUUGAGGUAAAGGACCGCAACACUCGGCGGAAACUCUUGCGCAAGUACGAUGGAGGCCUGAACAGGCGCCUUCAAUACAGGGAGGGAUCACUGAUUCACACUCACUACCUCAUAUACAAGCAGACCGACAAGGACUUCGACACGGCAACCAAGGCCUACAGGACGGCAGCGCUCGAGCUGGCGGAAAUCCUCACGAAGAUCGCGCACGCAGCCGUCACCGCCGCCAUUUUAGCCGCGAACCUGCGCAAGCAGUUCAACGAGGCGUGCGGCGACGUGUUGACGAUGAAGCGCCAGCUCCACGGGCACAUCAAGCGCGAAAAGGCCCUCCGCGGCAGGGCGCAGCGGUACCUCAGCCUGCAUCGGCAACACGCAGCCGCAAGCGAUGAAACAUUGCGCAAGACUCUUCGGGGCGAGGCUCAUCCGAGGGUUGCGAUUUACCCUAUGCAGGUCUAG